ACAAGUUCCUCGCACAGCAGCUGGAGAAUUUUACCCCACCAUACAUUCCCAACGCCAGGCGCAAGCAGCCCUGAUCACGCUUUAAACCUACCAUUCUACGUAUCCAGCCUGCCACAACACACGACUAUGGCAUCGGCAGCUCCGCGCCCUGCUGAGUCCAAACAAGUGAAGCUUUCUUUCGCAAAGGUCGCUGCAACCACCUACAAACCGCAAGCCUCAACCGAGAGUAUUCCCAGUGUCAAGUCGCCUGUGGCGAUCCCACAGAUCAUGAUGCAGCCUAAUACACAGACUCGCUCUGUCGCCGCUAACGGCGCUGCACCAGUGGUACAUAUCCAGACAAACGAUCCGGAGAUUGAAGCGAAGGAGAAGGCUGGUAAUACAGCCACUCGCACUGGGCAAUGGGCCGCCAAUGCCACUCGGGAACAGGCAGUGCUUCAGUCUGACUCCAAACGAGACGAAGCAGAAAAGCCUCGCCCAUCAAUCGCCUUGGUCAAGUUUUCCGCUACUGAGGAUAGUACGACACAAUUGUCGUCUUCAGAUGGCUCCGCCAAGCCCCCAAGUAUCGACGGGAAGAGCGUCACGUCUGGCACUACCUUUGCUUUGGACGAGAAAGAAUCGAUCCGCCCAGAUGAUAGCGCCAGCCUGAGAGCGGUCGAGGAAGAAGAUGUGACGUCUACUCCAGAAUCCAAUCCUACCGGCUCUCGUGCUGGUUCGGAUAGUGAAGCGCGUGCCUUCCGCGCUCAGUUGCACGAGAUUGCUGUCAUGGGUCCACAGACGCAGCGAGGGAUUGUGCCAGUGCGAUUUCCCAAUGCAAAUGUCAAUGGCCCACCCGCACUCUACGAUCCGAAUCAGCCGACAAACGGCAUUGGACAGCCAAUGCCACAGCCCUUGGUGAAUGGCUUACCCCCUGGCACAGCUCCACAGAACAUGCCAACUCACCCUGACGAAAAACUGAUCGAGGCUCUUCAGUCUCCACGCGAUCGCCUGUUCGUCGUGAAAAUUGAGCAGGAUUUCAUUGAUUUCAUUAAAGACUCAAAUGAAAACGAGUACUGCCUGCCAAAUUGCAACACUUUCUAUAGGAUGUUGGCCCAUCGUCUUGCAGACUACUACCUUCUCGGUCAUGUGGUAGACUCCACAAUGACGGGUGUGAGGAUUACUAGGACUCCCUAUUGCAGAAUCCCACCUCCACUCUCUCAGAUGAUAGAUGCAACCAAAGGCGCAGACACCCCUCCUGUAGACCUUCCUGCCCGCAAGAUCAUGCGUCGUGGCGACGAGAAGUCAGGAACUAAUACAACAGCUAAUUCCGAAGGUCCCUCGAAAACCACCUCUGAAGUAGGCGGCAGUGAUGGUGGUAACGAUAAGGAAGGAGGCAAGCCAAAAGACAAGUCCAUGUUAACACGAGAGGAACGCGAAGCCAGAUACCGAGAAGCACGCCAACGCAUUUUCGGAAGUGCAGAAGCUGAGGAAAGCGAACAAACCGAACCCAGCGCGUCCACUGAAGAUAAGGAUGCAUCGCGAUCAAGCUCUGCUUCCGGCAAGAAGAAGAAUAGGAAACAGCGAAAUGCCGAUGAUGACGAUGGCUUUGAAGCGCGCUCCCGCUUCAACGCUUAUUAUCCUGGUCAAUAUGCUGCUCCUGGCUAUUCUGGAGACGGCACGAUCUACUAUAAUGGAUUCCCCGGAUCUAUGCACAAUGCUCAAUACGCGCCUAUGGCUUCCAAUGCGCCAUCCCCGCAAAACUACAACAAUGGGUACCCAAACAUGAUGCCUCAGGAAAUGCAGCCGCAGUAUGGCUGGUCAAAUCAGCAAUAUUCAUCACCCAAUGCGCCCAUGAUGUAUCCAGCUUAUGGUCCAAUGCAGAACGGAUAUGACCUGUCCAACGACUUCCAGCGUGGGAUGCAAUCUUUCCAAUCGUCAAAUAUGCCAAACCAAAUGACGCCUAAGAUGACCAAUGCCUCUAUGGCCAAUUACCAGGAUCCAUAUGCACAGUCAUCCCCCAGUCAUUCCAUCAAUGGGAGUUGGUCACAAUCGAACCAACAGACUGGAUACCCUAUCACUCCAGGUCCUUACCCUCCUAACGGUUCUGGGAAUCGGCCGAUGCCAGGCUCUAUGCAGCAAGGGCCUGCGCCAUCAGCUUAUCAAUAUGGGCAAUUCCCACCUUCAUCAUUCAACGGUAAACCGAACCGACAUCAACAUCCUCUGCCUGGCAGCUAUCAAAGGCCUCAAUUCAACCCGCAGAGCCAGGCGUUUGUUCCUGGUGGAUACAACAUGCCCUACCAGAUGCCUCAUAACGUAGGUGGUUCUGCUCAACCGAUGAAUGGCUAUGGCGGAUUUCAAUUACCAGGGAACCCUCAGGUGCCCCACCAAUUGCCCCGGCCCAGCCCGCCGUCCAGCAACAUGCAAGCCUUCGGUUCUCCUGGGCACAUGAACAAUAAUGGCACGAUGGGCCCGCACUCUCUGUCUCCCAGUCAAACCGCAUUGUCGCAGAAUUCGGUUCCGGCCCAGAGCAGCAUUGCCAAAUAUGGGACGCCUUCAAACCUUCCAGCUAGACCUCCGCCUACACAACCGCAAGCGCCAAAGUUAAACCUCAACGGCUCGGUUCAAGGAACGCCUAGCCGUGUGCCGAGCAAUUCGAACUUGUCGUUUAUCGGGAACGGUGCACCCGGUUCAGCUUAG